GUGUCGGUGGAAAUGAGUGUCGGAGGACGAGUUGGCCGAGGGUAAAGUUAAAGAACGCGGUAUCUGGGCGCGGAAGCAAUACUCAGACAAAAGCAGAACAUAACGAGGAUCAAGCUUGGGGACAGGACACUUAAAAAAAGAAAAAGAUGGACCGUGCUCACUUUUGGGCGUUUUCCUUGACCAUCUUGUGUCACGUUAUGGCCGCGGAUAGCGCAGCAAAGGGUCGCGGUUUCGUCGGUUUCAUUGACCCAAAGUCCUCGGACCUGGUGGUGGUUGACCGCGCCACCUCCGAGACCUUACAGAGCGGCCUCACCACUGUCUUCCUGCCGAUCAUCUACAUCGUGGUGUUCGUGGUGGGCCUGCCUACCAACGCCAUGGCCAUCUGGGUCUUCCUGUUCCGCACCAAGAAGAAGCACCCGUCGUCCAUCUACAUGGCCAACCUGGCUCUGGCCGACCUGCUUUUUGUCAUCUGGACACCGCUCAAGAUCGCCUACCACCUGGCCGGCAACGACUGGACGUACGGCGAGGUACUCUGCAAGGUCCUGGUGGGCUUCUUCUACGGGAACAUGUACUGUUCCAUCUUAUUCAUCGCCUGCCUCAGUGUGCAGCGCUACUGGGUAGUAGCGCAUCCGCUUUCCCAACAGCGCAAGAACAAUAAGGUGGCGCUGGGCGUGUGCAUCGCCAUCUGGGUUUUCAUCUGGCUCACCACCACGCCACUCUACCUUUACCAGCACACGGCCCAGUUGCGCGAGCCCGCCAUCACCACUUGUCACGACGUCAACAUCAUCCUGAAUCCCUUGGACCCCUUCGCAUCGGUCCGCCUGCCUUAUUUUUACUUUGUCCUGAUGGGCACGGUGGUGUUCUUGGUGCCUUGUGUCGUUAUCGUGGUGGCCUACGUUCUGCUUCUGCGGGCGCUGGGCCGCGGAAGGAAGGACGGCGCGGCGGCCAAGAACCGGCGGAGGGCGGUGCUGUUGAUUAUGGUGGUGCUGGUCACCUUCCUGGUGUGCUUCAUCCCCAGUAAUAUCAUGCUGGUGCUGCACUAUUCGCUGCUCAAGGACGGCGUGACGGACAAUGGCUACGCCUUCUACGUCACCACGCUGUGCCUGGCUAGCCUCAACAGCAUUCUGGACCCGUUCAUCUACUACUUUGUGUCCGACGACUUCCGCCAGCACGUCAAAAACACGCUGCUGUGCCGCAGCAGCCGGACGGUGGAGCGCAUGCGAGUGUCCUUCAGUUCCAUGAAGUACUCCAAAAGGAGCAAGUCGUUUGUGUCAGACUCAGGGAACACGCAGAGCAGCUCGUGCUAGCAGGGGGACCCGCUAAAGAUGGACUUAAGCUGCUUUAGGUUGUCGUCCGCCCAGCUAGACUGGCAAUUUCCCACAGACUUUCAAAACGUUUUUAACCUCAUUUAAUGUUGCAUAGUUUUGUAAAUAAAUAGUAAAACCCAA